UCGAGUAAACGAUAAUGAGUUGAGCAGUGUUCGCCGCGCUCCCGAACCGACUCCUGCGCAUCUCACGUACAUACAGCGCAACGGAAAACGCGCGUGAUUGCCGAGUGACUAGUGGUAGGUUGGCAAAGGAUUUUUUAAAAAAACACAGGGUUUUAUUUGUGAAUUUAAAAUCUCUACUAUGAAAUAGAGAAAUGGAAAAACAAAACUCGAAAGACAUAGAAAAAGGUUUAAACUCUCCAGAAAUAAGUACAAACGAGGACAUCCCAUACGUCGACGACUUCAUAGAACUAGAUCUGGUCAAACCAGACGAACCUAUACGACCCAAGCGUGCAAAUGAGAAGGAAAAUGGGGAACAGGCAGGGAGCGAAAAGGAUAGGAAGCUACACGCUUCGGAUUUGGGAGAAGUGCACACAUCGCCGAAUAAUGAUACGAUAAUAGUGAAUACUCCUGAAGGGACCUUGUAUAUUACCUUGGAGCCUGAUUCUGCGAAAUCUUCGAAGCCGACCAGUCCAACGACGGAGUCUACAGAUUUGGAAGUGACGCCGAGUACGUCUAAGACGUUUGGAGCGAUGGAGUCUGAUGAGAUGAUUCGGAAGGAGAAGGAGGCCAUGGAGCAGAGGAAGGCGAGCUUGAGGAGAAACUCCAUCUCGAUGCCGACGCUGCAGAACUUGGAGCUGGAGGUGCUCAGACAGCAAUACUUGAAUAAUCCGCAGGAUGAGAUCCCCGAGCACCACCAGAGCUCGGCUUCAGGGUUCAGCGAUGGAGACAACACGGCUGACGAUCACACCGAGGUGUUGUCUGAUGAUGAGAGAGUCAAGUCUCCGCUGCGGUCACCGCGGCGCAAGUCGACGGCGCCGCGCCGGUUCGGUCGCUCGGAGUUCAGCAUGGACGACGAUGACUACUCGCCCAGCAACUCCGUCACCUCCGUCAACUCACUCGCCAGUCUGCUCAGGGAGAAACUACAGAGCAUUCCUCAGAAAAUUCGCAAGAAGCCGACGGACUACAAGCUGCGUGCGUUCGUGGGGCUAAUGUUUCUAGCCAUCGUGUUCUUCGUGGGGUUCGCGUAUGUCUUGUACCACCAGCAGGCUCUCACCAAGGCCUACUUCGACAACGUGCAGUUCAACGAACCGAAAAGACUCAUCAGGAUUUAUAAUAAAGAUGAUGUUGAGAUCUUAAGGGCGAACUUAGCGGCCAACAUCCAAGGCAAAGUGAACGCGUACCCGUGCCUGGCGCAGCACCGGCGCGCCGGCGCGGAGUGCCUGGAGUGGCUCCACACGCUGCGCUUCUACCUCAAGUCGCUGCCGCACGACCCCGGCCUCGACAACACCACCUGCUACUCCGUGCACUGGAAGGCUUUGAGACCUGAUGUGUAUCCAAACGACUGUUUCGACUGGGGCGAGACAAAAGUCCACUGGUACGGAGGAGGCCAGUCAUUAAACCUCACUUGGCCGCUAGACAGCGGGUCGUUGGACUACACUCCCUUCGUAACUGGUGACAUGCAGAAAUCUCAGUGGGGCAACGUACUCACGCGGUACUUCAUCAACUCUAAAGGCGCUGCGAUUAUUAUAGACGACGACACCCCUCUACAUAUCUCAGUCAAUAAAGGAGGGAAACAAAUCUGCCUCAAAUCAAUGUACCAUGAAUUUGCUUACCCUAACAAACUGACUGAGUUCCCUGAAAUGAAGUACAAUAUCUGCACCUCGGAAGACAUGACGUCACUGCAUUCAUCAAUACACAGCCACAGACGAGCCCCAUUAUGGGAUGGCUUGAAGCCAGCUGAUAUGCAAACAUUAGAAUCUCUUAUAUCAGAACCAGUUUGGCAAAUAGCACCAAGGUUCAAACAAGAAUUGCAAGCGGAGACCAUCUCCAAAUAUACUGAAGAUGUGAUUAAUUUAGGAUUUUUGAAACAAGGACAUGUAUUAAUCAAUGAGCAUUGGCAGAAUGAAAUAGGUGAUCUGUCCGUAGAUACAAGUCGUUUUGAUACUUUAAAUACAACAGUAGAUAAGCUACAUAGAAGAGGAUUCAAAGUAGCAUUUACCAUCCAACCUUUUAUAAGUACAGAAAGUAAAAACUUCGCAGAAUGCGUUCAAAGAAGACUGCUGAUUAGUGAGAGAAAUAGUGAUCGACGGAUACCAGCUUUAACUCGAUUCAAGUCUUUAGCGAGUGCUGGGGUCCUAGACAUAACAAAUAACGAGUCAGUUCCAUGGUUCUUGGAGAAGCUGCAGGCGGUGAUCGACGAGUACCAUAUCGACUCAUUCUUCUUGGACUUGGGAACUGCUUACGAUAUGCCUCAUUACUUCCGCUGCGAAAAACUGUUGACUAACCCUGACCAGUACAAAAAGAUAUUUACUAAGACUUUUGAGAAGACUUUGAAUAUAAUUGGAGUGUCGUCAGCAGUGUCGUUGCCUCGUCCUCCUAUUUUCGUGUCUUUACCACCUUUUGAGUCGACAUGGCAAGCUUUGAGACUAGUCAUUCCUACUAUGUUGACAUACGGAGUAAAUGGAUUUCCAUUCAUCAUGCCAGGAGCAGUUGGUGGGGAUAUCUAUUGGCCAGGCAGUGAGCAGUUCUUGCCAUCUUCCAAAGGCUUGGUAGAAACAACAAACGCCACUCAAGAGAAUGGUAUAGAGUUGCCAGAGAGAGAGUUGUACAUGAGAUGGUUGCAGAUGGCGACGUUCCUACCAGUUAUGAAGUUUACUCACCUGCCGAGCAAGUACAAUGAUGAGAGGGUGUUGGAGUUAGCGAAGAAUUUGACCUCGUUGAGACAAAAAAUGGUCACUCCACUACUAUUGAAAUACAAACGGGAAGCUCUAGAAGAAGGCCUGCCUCUGAUCCGUCCUCUGUGGCUGGUGAGCGGCACCGACAUCGCUCCGAUGCCUGUACAGGACGAGUUUGCCAUCGGCAAUGAGAUCGUCGUCGCACCUAUAUUAGAAAGAGGGCAGACUACGAGAGAUGUGUACCUGCCGGCCGGCUUGUGGCAGGACGGUAUCGACGGAUCUCUCCGCAAAGGCAACAGAUGGAUGCACGAGUACAAAGUUCCUAUCGACAGAGUCGCAUACUUCGUUAGGAAGCCAGACGACUUGAGGUUUAAAUAGGCAAGGUAUCGGCAAAACUUUUGCAAGUAAUAUUGAAGCUGGACCAUUUCUGAAAUUGGAGGAUUAAGCAAAGUUUUUUCUUCAAAGAUUGAAAAUGGGGACAGUGAUUGCUUUUAAUGUGUCUACAAAGGUAUUUUUCUUGCUCUUUAAAGGCAGAAAAUGAUGCAAAUGUUUAGUAUAUUUUACUGUUCUCAAUAUUCAGAAACUAAAGGACAUGUUUGAACUGCUUGAAAUCAGUUCGUUUGUAUCUGUGCAUAUUAAUAAACUUUUGUAAGUCAUCGAUCUGUUUUAUGUCGUCGAUAACUAUACUGCAUUGGUCACAGAUAGAUGUAUAAGAAUAGCUUAAAGUUAAAAUUCGAUACAAUAUUCACAAAGCAAAAAUAUGUUAAUAAAAUAGUCAAAAAGUUGAAUGAGAGUUAUAUAGAGUUGAUAGAGUUUUGAGUUCGAAUUAAAAAUUGCGUCCACAUUUUGAACGAUGUAUUUUUAUUAAUGAAAGGAGAAGUGUCUAAAAAGCAAAGGAAUAGGCGUAGGAAGGUAUAAUAAGGAUAGGUCUCAAUAGAUGUUUUUUCUAGCUAUUUAAUAGUCUUCCCUUUUUUCUGUUCUAGUCCUAAUAAUCUAUAAAUGCAAUGCUUGAUUAUUUUAAGUGAUACUUUAGCAUAUGUACCUAAAUUCAACUAAAUUGUAAGCUGGCUUUUUACAUAUAGGUAUAGCUUAGUAUAUUUUUAGAUUGUAACGAAUCAUUCGAAGUAAACAACGCCAAGAGAUUUAGUUUAUUUAUAAUAGUUAAAUAACCAGAAUAUUUGCAUAUCCAUAGUGAAAAGUAAUAGGUUAUAAAGUAUUUUUUUUUAAUAAUGAAAUAAUCAUACCCAUUUUUUUUAUCAAG